AUGAUAUCAUAUCUUGUGCUCCAUAUUCUAAUUGUGGCGGCAAUAGUCAUUGGAAGUGAAUUUUUUGAUACUCAUGAUGAUGCAGAAGUGGAUAGAAUCUUAAAAAGAGUCAACAAACCUCCUCUUAAAUCCAUUAAGAGUCCAGAUGGAGAUAUAAUAGAUUGUAUUCAUAUGAAGGAUCACCCAAUUUAUGAUAAUCCUUUAUUCAAAAACUACACUAUUCAGAUGAGACCAAGUUCCUACCCAAAAGAAUUGAACAUGAAAUCUUCAGCCAAUGAAAAACAAAGCACUGUGACACAACUCUGGACAAUCAACGGAAAAUGUCCCAAAAACAGUAUUCCAAUAAGAAGAACAAAAAGACGAGAUAUUUUACGAACAAGAUCGAUAAAGAAAUAUGGCAGAAAGAAUCCAAACAUCAUACAUCAUCCUAAACUAUUUAAUUCAACUAGUAACUCCAUACAUGAGUAUGCUCAAAUUCAAGUGAAAGGUAAGUUUCAUGGAGCACAAGCGGUUAUAAACGUUUGGAAACCUUAUGUCCAAAUGACAAAAGAAUUUAGCUUAGCACAAAUGUGGGUUAUGGCUGGUCCAUUCUCUGAAGUUAAUAGCAUUGAAGCUGGUUGGCAGGUCUAUCAUGAUCGUUAUGGCGAUGACAAUCCAAGAUACUUUAUUUUCUGGACUGCGGAUGGAUACAAAUCAGGCUGUUACAAUCUUGAUUGUUCCGGAUUUGUUCCUAUAAACCAAAAAUUUGCAUUAGGUGCAGCUGUUAGUAAUGUUUCUACCUACAAUGGUCAUCAAUAUCAUAUUCCUACAACUAUAUGGAAGGAUCCACAUUCAGGAAACUGGUGGUUGAAAUUUACCGACCAUGAAUUUGUUGGGUAUUGGCCUUCUAUAUUAUUUAACCAUCUAAAAGAUGGUGCAACUCAAAUUCAGUGGGGAGGAGAAAUAAUAAACUUUAAAGAUAGUUCACGGCACACGACCACAGAUAUGGGGAGUGGUCAUUUUGCAGAUGAGGGAUAUCAAAAGGCUAGUUAUUUUAAAAAUCUUGAGGCAAUUGAUGAACACGAUAUUAAGAUAAAACCUAAAGAAGGUUAUUCUUAUAUGACACAAGAGGGGUGUUAUAACAUUAGGUCUGCCUAUAAUAAUCUCUGGGGAAUUCACUUCUUCUAUGGUGGUCCAGGUCGAAAUCAGAAGUGUAUAUGA